AUGGCCGAAAAGAACUCCCAAGUUCUCCGCAACUGCGUCGACCCAACUGCGUGCUGGAGUGUUUCUCCCACCGAACAUUGUUCCUCAUAUCCUUCGUGCCAAAUGGCGGACCCAUGCUGUGAUGACGACAACUGUUCUGUCGAAUGUUCAUCUGUUUGUGAUGGCUUUGUUGCCUGUGAUUCCUCCACCGUUUGCUCAGAUGCUCAUUGCGAUGAUCAGGACUGUCAGAACCUGGCCCCAGUUUGUUUCGACCAAAGCUGUGUAGGGGAUGGCCGCACUGGCAUCGAUGACGGAAUAUGCAACAUUCUCAAUCAAGACAGCUCCUUUACUUGGAAUUCAGCAAACCUCCUUCCGUCUGCAAAUACAGCACAUUUCAAUCAGUCGUUUCACCAGCCUGCGACCAGCCUCUGCCAUGAUUUACAGUCCAUGAACCAUUUCACUCCAUCAGAACCUUCGUUAACAACCAAAAACUAUGCCUUCCAAUUUCACCAAAACCAGGAUUCUCCCCUACGGCAAUCUACAGUAACGGAGCCAUCGACUCCGUCUGGGCCUAUUUUGAAACAAAUUAUCGACAUUUGUCCAAACCUAGACAACUGCAACCAUCAAUCCCACUUCGGGCCCGUUUUUUCGGAUUGCAAUCCAGAUGAAUUUCUCGGGUUUAUACCAAUGGAAUUUCAGACUCAGUUCCAUUCUUUAUAUCCACAGUUAUAUCCACGGUUUAACGGUGGCUUGAAAUUGCCCUGCGAAAUGCAACCUCAGCACGUUCACAAAAAUGUAUCACACCUAACUCAUAAUUCUAAUCGCCCUGUGUCGUCGAGUUUGGACUCCGUGAACUUAAAGUCUAGCUCACCUUUAAGUCCACCUCCGAAAGACAACGAUAUUACACGCCCGUUCACAAGUCCGGAAGUUGAGACGACGAACGAGUCUCACGUUUGCAGAUGCAUUAUCAAAACAGAUAAAUCACAAAAUACCAUCUGUGGAGAGUUGUUUCCCGAUGCUGGCAAGCUCCAAGAGCAUUUAGUUCAAACACAUGUUGGCAUGAUUAGCGGGUCCCAGGGGUAUGGAUUCUACUGCUGCUGGGAAGGCUGUCAUCGCGCCGAUGAACCCUUCUCGCAAAAAUCAAAACUUCAAGGGCACUUUCUAACACAUAGCAAUUACAAGGGUUUCCAGUGUUCCGUCUGCGGGAAGCCGUUUGCCAGACAAGCAACUCUAGAGCGCCACGAAAGAAGCCAUCGCGGAGAGAAGCCGUAUGCUUGCAAGCUCUGCCAGAAGGCAUUUACCGACAGCAGUGAACUUAAAACACACAUGAGAGUUCACACUGGUGAAAAACCUUUUAAAUGCAACCAUCCCGGUUGUACCUUUGAAACUGGAGAUCUCACGGAGUCCGAAAACACAAAUGCCAUUUUCUUGGGUGUUCGAAAAGUUUUACUCGGCCAGAUCAGCUAA